UAAAUAUUAGUCAAGCAAAAAAAAUAUAUAAAGAUAUUUUCUAAACUAUUUCUAAAAUAUAAGUGUUUUAAAAAAAAUUAACACAAUAGUAAGUAUAUAUUUUGAUAAAAAAUAUUUGACAUAUAUAAAUACUUUGAUGUUUGAUUUAACUAUUUAAAACCAUAAAUAAUAACUUAUUAUGUUGGUUUUAGAUUAAUAAAACAUAAACUAAUAAGUAUUUAUAAGAAGUUUAUGUCCGCAUGUGCGGACAAAACACCUAGUUUAACAUUAUAUAUGAAACUAUUUUCUUACAUAUUUUUAGAAUUAUAUUUUAAGACUUUUAUCGGACAAACUAGUUCGAUAUAUCGAUCGUGAUGUGGGAGACAAGUAAUCUGUAGACAAACAUCAUCAAUGUAAUAAAAUUCGAGGUGUAAGUUUGAUGCCAUUUUAAAUAGAGAAAAUGACUAGACUAAUACAAAAAAGUGAGGUAAUGACUAGAUUAAUAUAAAUUUUUUGAAAAUGACUAAAGUGUUUUUAGAACCCUAGUAAAUUACUGUUUAAGCCAUUUAUUAUUCUUUUUUAGUUGUGAUUAAUUUUAAUUUGAAAAUCUACAUCAGAAGUAAUGAUACCACGUCACCUAACGCGAAGGAAAAUCAAACGACGAUCAUUAACUUUUCCGAGACUGUUCUCCCACUAAACCCUAACUGUUUUCGAAAUCGUGUUCACUACAACUCUUCUCGGCAAAGCGGCUUCUCUGAAAUAAUCUCCGUAAUCUUCUUCUCUAGUCUCCGUAAGCGUUUUCUCUGAAAUCGUGUGUCCUAAGCUUCUUCUUCAGAUUGGUUGUCUCCUCAAAUCUCCGUAAUCGUAUUCUCUGGUAUAUUUCGAGGCUUUGCUCUGAGUUUUUCGAGUAUUUGAGUGAGUAUAAUUAAUACUGUGAGUUAGAUAUAUGUUUUGUCUGAGUUUGAGUUAGUAUUCGUUACGGCUGAUUUAGGAUCCUUAACGACUGAUUUAUAGAAGGUAAUUGUGAUGAUUUAGUAUUCUUUGUGACUGAUUUAUUUAUGUAAUGAUGGCUGAGUUAUGUUUUGUGGCUUGUUUAUUUUAUGUCUUUCUUCUGAUUUAUCAUUGAUAUGUUAUAUAUGUCUUUUUUGAUCAGAUAGAUGUUUCCGAAGAUCUAGCAAGGGAUUACCCUCCAAGACUUUACCCUGAAGGGGCUUCUAUUUUUGAAAACAAAAGCAUUAAUACGAAUAGCCAUUUUUCUGAGAUCCCUCGACUUAGACGAGCAAUUGGAAUAGAUGUGUGGGAUAAUCUGAAGACGUAUCCUGUUGGAUUGAUUGCUAAACUGGCUGAGAGCAAAUUGGUGUGGUCUGGUAAGACCGUACAUUAUCUACUUUGUAGACAGCUGCGAGUCUAUAAGAAGGAGAUUUGGUCUCUCGUUGUUGAUCAACCUCUCAGGUUUAGCUUAAUAGAAUUUGGUGAGAUCACGGGUUUAAACACAAAUCCACUGCCAGAAGAAAGUUUUGAACCUGAUCCAGAGAAUUACAAAGCGUUGUGGGAGUUGUUGAAAGUGCCGCUUGGGUACGGACCCAAGUUUGAUGAACUUAUAGAAGCUUUAACGGAGUGUCCAUUCUGGAGUGCUGAUCAGCGGAAAUGGUAUGGGCUGUUGUUUCUUCAAGCCAUUGGACUUUAUGGCUUGCAUCAUAAUUGUAGAAUACCCUUUGAAAGUGCAAAAAUAGUAUUCGAUGAUGACGCCCUGAUGACUUAUCCUUGGGGUCGGACUGCCUAUGAAUUUCUUGUUGAUUAUAUCAAGUUGUUGCAUCCACAAGGAGGGUCGUACACCCUUAGCGGCUUCAAGGACGUGUUAUUGGUUUGGGCGUAUGAAUCUGUCACAGUGUUCGGAGAGUUUUAUGGCAGAAAAGUGAAUCCAGACGAAAUUCCGCUUUUGCGAUGGGGUGGAAGUCGUACUCGUGCAAGUCUUGCUACUACAAUAGCUAAGGAGAUGAAUGAUCAUGGAACGGUGCGUGUGAGGAAAAUGGUGAUGAAGGAGGGUCUAGAAGAGCUGUUUCCUCUGUGGAAGGAUGAAGCAGAUGACCCACAACUUGAUAAUCUAAUUAAAGAUAUACAUGCAGAUAGGUUUGUUAGAGAUUUUUAUGUGCAAUCGAAUGAGAAGAACAAAAAAACGAAGGCUGGAGUUUCGUCAGAGGCUAAGCCACCCUCAAAGAAGCAGAAGAAAGGUAAGAAACAGAAGGAGGUGAAAAUCAAUGAGGGUGAUACUGCUGUUGUAGAGGAGAAAGAUAGUGCAAAGGAGAAGGGUUGUAGCGAAGCGGUUCUGCUGAACAUAGUUGCUCAUCUCGAGAAGUUGGACCGAAAAUUUGACUCGAGAUUAACAGAAUAUGACACCAAGUUUGGAUCUUUUUCCCGAGGCCAUUUGGAUACCAUUGGAGAUACAGUAAAAACUACAGUUGAAGAGCGUCUGAGAGUUUUGGGGGUGUCCAAUAGUAGUCAACCUGAAGGUCAAAACGUGACGGUCUCAGAAGACAACCAACAGCCAGAGUCCAAUAGUGGUCAACCUGAUGGUCAAAACGUGAUGGUCUCAGAAGACAACCGACAGCCGGACUCCAAUAGUGGUCAACCUGCAUCUAAGACCCCUAUUGAUAAACAGUCUGAAGACAGUCAACCGCAAAAGACCCCUGAUAAAGGCCAAUCUGAGAAGAAUCUGGCAGAUGAUAUUGCUAAAGCUGAUGCGAAAGGUAUGGGAGCAAAGCUGAAUUCGAAGGUUGUCAGGGAUAAGGCUGCUGGGGUGAAAAAGAACUUGGAUUCGGCAUUUGGUAAUGCCGAUGCAACAAAUGCUGAUUUGGUCUCUGAUUCUCCUCGUAAGGAACCACCAUUCGGACGCGGUUGCAGGGGCUUAGGGAAAAGAAAUAACUUAGCGGCUGAUUUGGAGAGGAAUGAAGCUGAGUUAAAGAAGAAGCAGAAGCAAGAAGAAGCUGUGUUAAAGAAGAAGCAUAAGCAAGAAGAAGCUGAGUUGAAGAGGAAGAAGAAGCAAGAAGAGGCUGAGUUAAAGAAGAAAAAGAAGCAAGAUGAGGCUGAUUUAAAGAAGAAGAAGAAGCAAGAAGAGGCUGACUUAAAGAAGGAUAUUCCUGCUUCAAAAAGGACUCGCAGUGGUACAAUAAGAAUAACCAUUCCGACUAAGCAAAUUGAGGCGGAAACAGACGAACUGUGGCCGGAAUCUGAUGUCGAGGAAGAUGAAAGGAAAAGGUGUGGAAGAAUAAAGGAGUAUCGGCUGAAAGCUGUUCAAUUAUCUCCAGAUGGGUCUCAAAUGAGUGCGGAAUUUGGUCUUUCUGUACCAUUUCCCCACAUCGGAGACAAUGUAACGACGUGCAUGAGAAAAGAUUUAGAACCUUCACCUGCAAUAUAUGAUCCCCUAGGACCUGUUGAUCCGGUUAAAAGGGAUAAUCUUUUGCAACACCUAAAGCCACACGAGUAAGAACUUUUGCACCAUUUCGUUGAUUUUAGCUAAUAAAAAGAUUUUGCAGAGACUGAGUUGUGUUAAAUUAUCAGGGAAAUUCCACAUGGAGAAGCUCACGAGGAUAUUGAGUUCUACAGAAUCCUCAUCACUCCAAGACCUUGGCCCAUCAAAGAAUAUGGAUGGCUGGUUCAAAAUGUAAGUAUGCAGCUGAGUUAUAUUUACUUUACGGCUAAGUUAUAAGUAUGGUACAACUGAGUUAUAUAUUAUUUGUGCAGCAUAUUGCUGCGUAUAUUAGAGUCCUCAUUCAAAGGUCCAAACAAGAUCCCAGCCCAUUCUGGUCCAAGCGCGUUGCCUUUAUAGACUCUUGGUUCCUUGAAUCAUGGGUUCACGAUUAUAAGGAGUUCGAAGCCAAACCGGAAAUGGUCAAAUUGAAAGGAAGUGGUUACGAGGGGUUAGCAAACGGUUUGAUCUCCACAGACAUUUAGACAAAGUUGCGGUGGUUUACAGAUGUAGAUCACUUGUACGGAGUGCUUAAUACUGGCGACAAUCAUUGGGUGGGUUUUCACGUGGAUCUGCAUAAAGAGAAGGUUGAUUGCUAUGAUUCAAUCGUUGGAGAGCAAACACUCGAAAGUGAUAUGAGAAUGCUAAAUUUCUUUAGGCCACUUACUGGUAUGAUCCCUGCGAUUCUGAAUGCCCUUAUUCCUGAUGAUAUCCGAGUCCCUACCCAGAAAGAGUUUGUAUUCAGACGAAGAACAAAACGUAUUGUUCCACAAAACAACCUGAGAGGCGACUGUGGAGUGUAUUCAUUGAAGUUCGUCGAGUGUCUAGCGCUUGGUGUAGCUUUUGAUGGGAUAUCGGAUGAAAAUAUUCAAGGUCUGAGAAUGAAGAUGGCAGCAGAUGUCUUCGAUGAAGGAAGUUGUAGUUUGGUAGGAUCGUUUGGCGAUGAAUGAAGAUGGGUUUUGUAUGACUUAUGGCUAGAUAUUUUGUACUUGACUUAAAGUUAUGAUAUGUUUACCGUAACUCAGCCACCUUGUUUAAAUUACGCAGUCGUUACGUUAGAUAUAGCUCAGCCAAACCUCAAACCAUACCCUAAAAUAGGAAAAUAUUUAAUAAGUCAGCCGAUUCGUCUUCAUAAAUCAGCCGUUAAGGUAGAUAUAGCUCAGCCAAACCUCAAACCAUACCCUAAGAUAGGAAAAUAUUUAAUAAGUCAGCCGAUUUGUCUUCAUAAAGCAGCCGUUAAGGUAGAUAAAAGUCAGCCAUACCUCAAACCAUACCCUGAAUUAAAAUAAUUGAUAUGUUUAUA